CGGCCCGCCCCCUCCCCUCAGAUGGGCGGAGGCCUCCGCGGCCAGACGGAGAGGUGGGUGCCGCCGCCGCCGCCAGGUGUAUGGCUUGGUAAAAGCAGAGGAUGAGCUUCAUAGUAGGAAUUCAGUUCAAGAAGACUAGUACUGUAUUGGUGAUACAGUGAAUGUGCCAUUGCAUCCAGCCUCUGCUGUUCCAGCUUCGGAUGUAACUUUUUGCAGAAUCUUUAAGAGCAAGAUCAGAGAGAAACAACAGGUCAAAGGCUGCCAUACAUGUAUUUCAAGACUAGCCUUCAGCUGGUAACCUGCUUGGGCAAGGACAAAGCACAACUGAUAUGUUAAUGAGUGAGAAGGCUUUGGGGCAUUCUUAUGAAUCAGUCAAGUAGCAGCUCAAAGACUGGCGGUCCUACCUCUGUUUCUGUGUCUCAGAGCUUCCGUCAAGCAUCUGCUACAGCACCCAGUAGGGGCAUCUGUAGUUCCAGUGCAGUGUAUUCUGAAUGUUGUCAUCACAGUCCAGUGCAAUCUGCCGUUGUCUUGAAAAAUCCUGUCUGCCAGAAUCCUCUAUCCCAGGGGGCUACUGUGACAGUUAUCUGUCAGGAUACGGUGCAGGCUUCCAAGAGGAAUCUUCACGGCCAGGACUGCGUCCUUGCUUCCAAGUCUAAGAAUGGGAAAACAGCCCAAGCUCUGAAAUUCUCCAAGUCCCUCAAUGACAUGGACCAGAAUGCUCGGAGUACAGUUGAAAGCUUUAGCUACAUGGAUCGAACAUGUUCAGAAGACAAAUUGACACCCAGCCGGGAGCCAUGUUUAAGGUUUACCAAAUGCUCUCCCAUGGAGAAGAAAUCACUGAAUCUUAGACCCUUUCCUUUGAGUAAUUCCAAACCCUCUUACUUCCGGUCGCUCACCACCCUUUAUUUGAGCCCUUCUGGGGCUAGUGAUACGCAGAGCGCAGUGAACAUCCCUCUUCUGGAGAGCAAGUGUGACCAUGAAAUGUUCCGGAGUGUGAAGCUGCUGCGCUACCUUUUCUCCUUCUCUCACAGCUCCAGCGCAAGUGGUCAUGAACUGGAGAACUACUCAGGCCACCUCCAGUCCGAGAAGUCCUCCAGCAUGGUGGUUGAGAGCACUGGUUUCUGCUCAGAUGACAUGGGAGACGACGAUGUCUUUGAGGACGGUGCCUCUGUAAGGCUGGACGCUUGUGAGCUGCGGGCACCGCUUUGCUCUGUUGAGAAGGAUAGUGACCUAGACUGCCCUUCCCCAUUGUCAGAGAAAUGUCCCCCUCUCUCCCCUGUGUCCGUAUCUGGGGAUGCCUGCAGGAUAUGCCAUUGUGAAGGAGAUGAGGAGAGUCCUCUGAUCACUCCAUGCCGCUGCACGGGGAGCCUUCAUUUUGUUCAUCAGGCAUGUCUGCAGCAGUGGAUCAAGAGCUCAGAUACCCGGUGCUGCGAACUCUGCAAGUAUGAAUUCAUCAUGGAAACCAAAGUGAAACCUUUACGAAAAUGGGAGAAGCUGCAGAUGACAACCAGCGAGCGAAGGAAGAUCAUGUGCUCGGUCACUUUCCACGUAAUUGCUAUCACUUGCGUAGUGUGGUCUCUCUAUGUCCUUAUAGACCGGACUGCUGAAGAGAUUAAGCAAGGGCAGUCUACUGGGAUUCUUGAAUGGCCAUUUUGGACUAAACUGGUGGUGGUAGCUAUUGGUUUCACGGGAGGACUUCUGUUUAUGUAUUUUCAGUGCAAAGUCUACAUGCAGUUGUGGAAAAGACUUAAGGCUUAUAACCGUGUAAUAUAUGUACAGAACUGUCCAGAAACUAACAAAAAGAGCACAUUUGAAAAAUCUGGAGCGACUGAGCCAAACACUGAAAACAAAGAUGUGCCCGGGAGUCUUCACACAGAGACAAAUGGUUCACAUUACACAGAGCGUGAGGACUACAGAACGGAUAUUUUCCAUGUCUGAUUGUUAUACUUGAAGAUCUGAGCAAGCGUCAUCUGCUCUGCUCAGCAAAGGUCUAACUGGUGAACUUUUUCCCUCCCCUUCUGUACUCCUAAAACAUAUCAAGUAUAUCAUCGCUGCAAGUUGGCCUGUAGCAAGGAUUAAUAGGAUACAUGGUAUGGGGUGAAUGCAAGACACGAUUGUCAUUGUCUCUCCAAGUUAAACAACUGACAGGUUUUGGACAUUUCCAGAAAUAUUCCAGAAUGCAUUCAGGGGCAUUAAACAUUUGAUGCAAGAAUUGCUUCUGUCCCUGUGGGAAGCAACCCAGAGCUUAAAGCAGCCAUUUCAUGCAAGGUCUCCUUUGCUGGGCUGUAUCAUUUCUAGUUGCAUGUCUGUAUGUUCUGUGUAUACACACUCACAAGCUCCCUGCACCUAGAAAACUAGGUACUUUCUGUUCUGAGGUUAUACAGCCAAGGACCAGACUUGAUCUGUCAUUGGAUCUCACAAUCUGUAGCUAGGCCUUAAAAGGCAGCCCUGGGGAGGAGGGACUUAGAUGAGGGAAGUGGUGGUGCUGGCCAUAGAGUUACCAGUGGUUUCCUUGAUCCAAAUCCCCCACAUAGACAGCUCCUUUGUAGGCUACACUACACAUUAGAGAAUCCAGUCACAGAUCUCUAAUACAGCAAGAGAGAUUUAUGUUCCCGCUUUAAAUCCAGCCUGUUCCUAGUAUUACAACAAUGUGUUUUGAAAGUGAAUUGCAAAGCAUAGAGCACUUUCGAUUCACUUUUAUAAUAAUGUUAUGACCUUAUAAUAACAUUUUAUAAUAAGAUUAAAAUGAAAGAAAACCUGGCAUAUUCAUUUAAAUUUUCACCAAAGACCUGCUUCUAACAUAGACCUGAACUAGCUGCCAUUUUUUAAAAUGACAUAAUCUAUAGUAUGUUACUACAAACAGGUUAACUCUUUUAACAUGUAAAAUGGUUUCAGUGUUCUGAUUGGCUUGUUUUAAGAGUUAAGGUUCAUUUGAAUAAGGUUCAUUAAUAUAAAUUUCCCCCUGUACAUAACGCAGCAAACCACUUUGGUUGCAAUGCUGUGUGUGUGUAAUCUGUCAAUUCCAUCUGGGAAUUUCAAGACAAAAUUUUACAAGCACAUUUUUUUUUUGUAUGGGAGAGUGAAGCCACUAAUGAUGGUGGUUGUUUUUUAAUUCACAUUUUUGACAGGUAAAUCAAACAAGCUGCCUAAAUGGGCAAAUAAAAACCAUUAGAUGUUCUCUAGGAUCCUUUAAAAAUUAUUUAUUGAUCUUAGUUCAAGUUGAAGAACACAGGCAUAAACAUACAGAAAAUAAAGGGAAAGGGGGAAAGUUAGACAAGAAAAAACAAGGAAAUAUCAGUAUAAACAUACAAAAUACUUUUUUUUUUCUUUCAAAAAUUAGGAUCCUUUAUCAUGUCUGGGAAAAAAAAUAGUUUGAUUCAUUUGGGCCCAUUAAAUUCUGAAUUAAAUCCUUUUUAAAAAUUUGCUUUGAUUUUCCAAAGUAAUGCUGCAAAUCAAAGUUCUUCCAACAAAGACAAAAUGAAAUGCUGUAAUAAACUCUCAACAUUGAAUUGUAAGAAGCCUCAUGAUUAUCUGUUAACAAUAGAUUUUAAGCAUUAAAAAUGAGUGGAUUAAUUUUGAAACAGGCACUCAGAAGAAGUAGUACAGACAUCCUAGGGAAUCGGCUUUUUGUUUGUAUGUAUGCAUAGACCUGGGUCCUCUGGUUGCCUGGAGCUAGGAUAGUAGUUUCACCAGCUUUGAAAGUGUGGUAAUUUGUUGAAUCUUUCCAUUUUGUUUCUGGGGGGUUGCCAUGAUACCUUUCAAGGGAUGUGCAUCCUUUCAAGGGAUGUGCAGGCUAACUAUCCUUCCACAAAUCUGCCUUUUUCUCUUGGACUAGCCUAGGCCUUGUGCAUCCCAAAGUGCAAUUACAAGGACUUGUUCCCUUCUGUCAUGCUGGAGUCCAAAUAACUUUUCCCCCCUCAGACACAUAUGAGACAAUAUACUCAGGUUAGAUAAAAUAUCAAGUCUCAUAAGCCUAUAUGAGCGCAGGCUGAACAUUAGCUAGCAAGAACCAGUUGACCAUUAACCCUUGCAUUAUUUAGAGAACUCUGGAGCCUGUGCUGGUCGGUGCACUGCAGUGAAAGGUGUAAUCAAAAAAGCCAGAUGGGUUAUGUUACACUCUUUCUGAGGGAAUCUGCUCCUUCCUGGUUUGCAAGAUCAAAGAAAUGCAUACUAUUGUAUUUCUUUUUCUUCCGAUCAUUUUAAGUACAUAAUUUCUCAUUUUGAGCUGUUAUGCAAUGUCCAGAUUCUUGUACAUUUGCUUUGGACUGAACUGCCAAGAUUUGUCAGAAGAAAAAAAGGGUUGGGCCGCCGCAUCAAAUCAUGAGUGCCAUUCUGUAUAUCGCCAUGCUGCAAUAAGAGACUCUUGCAGCACAGCGUCAGUUCCCAGGGCUUGCACUGUCAUGGCACCUCCAUGUGCUCCCCCCUUCUCUGGUCUUGGUGCUCAGUUUCCAUUGCCUGUUCUAUAGGUGCCCUUACUCUAGCACAAGCUGGAUCUGAAGAUCUGGGCUUUGGAAUCCACUUAUCAAUAUGGAAUUUACUUGAACACUGGCAAAAUAUCUGGUUUAUAAACUCACUGGUUCUGAUUCACUACUUAUUCAGGGACCCUGAUGUGAAUACUUGCAAAACUCUUGCUGCUAAAUAUGCAGAUAUUUUCAAUGAAACCUUUUUAAACUUUGAAAUUUAACAGCAACUGGACAAUCCGGUGAAGUGCUGAAACAUGGUGUGUGUUUAUAGGAUAGCAACAAAUAUUUACAAUUAAUAUUGUACUUAAAAUGUUUUGUAGCUAAGUUAUUGUAUAUUGCUUUACACUGGCGUAUCGUUACACUUUCUACAAGCAUUUUACAGUUCAGCAUUUUUUGUCCUGUGUAAAAAUUCUAGUAACUACAGUUUUAGCAUCCUUUGCUGAGAGCUUCUCAUUGUCACAGUAUUACACAGUUGCUGGGCAGUGGGAGCAGUUUUUUAAGCUGUACUUGUCAUUUGUGUUAAACACAGAAGUUAUUAACUGCAGCAAUAACGUUUUUAUAACAUGUAAGUGGUGCAAAAUGUUUUCCUUGCAAACAAACUGUAUCUGAGACAAAAUGUUCUGUUCCUAAUACUUUUGGAAUAAAAGAGAGUUGGACAUUCCCUGCC